AACAUGGCCGGCAAGAUCACCGCAGUCGCUCUCGUCACGCUAGCCGCGUGUCUGGCUAGCCUGGACUAUGUCUCCUGCAACCCUGCUAUUGCAACAAGCUACGACCAGAUGGAGAUAUGCAUAGAGAACUGUGCGCAGUGCAAGAAGAUGCUAGGAGCGUGGUUCGAGGGACCCCUCUGCGCAGAAUCCUGUAUCAAAUUCCGCGGGAAACGCAUACCCGAGUGCGAAGACUUUGCGUCCAUCUCGCCUUUCCUUAACAAACUGUAA